AAACAUUUAGCGGUGCUCAGUUCAACGGCGUCAGCUGAGCGCGCGCGCCGCCAUCUUUGUUGCACAGAAUAAAAAUUACAAAAUAAAAAUGACACAACAAGGACCGGCUUUCGACGUGAAUGCUAUGACUUUGACCAGAUGGGUCUUGGCACAGCAAAGAACAGCUCCUGAAGCCACCGGCGAUUUGACUUAUCUUCUGAAUUCAAUACAAACGGCAGUGAAGGCCAUACAGUCCGCUGUGAGGAAAGCUGGAAUUGCCAAACUGCAUGGAAUCUCAGGCGACACUAAUGUCCAAGGCGAGCAAGUGAAGAAACUUGAUGUAUUAUCAAAUGACCUGUUUAUCAAUGUUCUUAAAUCAUCGUUCACAACAUGUCUACUGGUAUCAGAAGAAAACUCUUCAGUUAUACAGGUGGAAAGCGAGAAACGCGGCAAAUACGUGGUGUGCUUCGACCCUCUUGACGGUUCUUCCAACAUAGAUUGCCUUGUCUCUGUCGGAUCCAUCUUCUGUAUUUAUAAAAAGACAUCCCCAGGCGAGCCUACAGAGUCAGACGCACUCCGUCCUGGGCGCGAGCUGGUGGCGGCUGGGUACGCGCUGUACGGUUCUGCCACCAUGAUGGUGCUCUCCCUGGGCCGGGGGAAGGGAGUCAAUGGCUUCAUGUACGACCCCUCCAUUGGGGAGUUCAUACUUACAGACCCUAACAUGAGAAUACCCGAAAAGGGGAAUAUAUAUUCUAUUAAUGAAGGUUACGCAGCGGAAUGGGAGGAAGGUCUGAAGAGUUACAUAGAGUCGAAGAAGCGUCCGGCGAGCGGCAAAGCGUACGGCGCGAGAUAUGUCGGCUCCAUGGUGGCUGACGUGCACCGCACCAUCAAGUAUGGCGGCAUCUUCAUCUACCCCGCCACCAAGUCCGCGCCCAAUGGAAAACUGCGUCUCCUAUACGAGUGCAAUCCAAUGUCGUUCAUAGUGACGGAGGCUGGAGGUUUGGCUACAAACGGCCACAUCCCCAUACUGGAGCUGCAGCCCACAGCCAUACACCAGCGCGCACCAUGCUACCUCGGCUCUAAACAUGAUGUACAAGAACUUAUGAACCAUUUGAAGGCUUAAAAUUUACAUAUAAAUAUCCAUUGUUCGAGGCAAUCGUAUAAUUGUCAUUAUUACCAGAGACUAGUUUAUAUGUCUACAAAUAUUAUAGGUGAAUUUCUUUGGUGAUAUAUUUUCCUAAUAAAGUCUGAUAUUUUAACAAUA